AUGCAGAGGAGCAGAGGUUGUGCCCCGGGCGGUGAGCACGGCUGGGCAGCGGCGGACGGCGGGAUGCAGCUGCAGCGCCGGGAGAGGGAGCUGGUGGCGCAGCUGCACGAGCUGCUGUUCCCGUCCACGUCGCCGUCUCGGAGCGGCGCCUCCUCGUGUUCUGGUCCUGCAGCUGACUUGUACUGGGAGCACGGCAGCCCGCAGGUGAAGGCAACCGCGUCGUGCGGCGGAGGCAAACGGCGCGGGGGUCGCAAGAGAGUCCGGGAGGAUGAACGGCACGAGGAGGGGCAAGGACAACGCGGCGGUGCUGCGCCUGCGACGAAGGCUACUACUCGUUGCAGGAGGAAGAAGCAAGGGGCAACGACGACGACGCUCGUCACAACGGUGCCGGAUUUCGACGGCUACCAGUGGAGGAAGUACGGCCAGAAGCAAAUCGAAGCGGCCAAGCAUCCCAGGAAUUACUAUCGGUGCACCAACAGCACGAACCAGGGCUGCCCGGCCAAACGAACGGUGCAGCGCAAUGACGAUGACGGCAGCGACGAUGGACGGCCGAAGUAUACGGUGGUGUACAUCUCGGAGCACAGCUGCAAGGCGACCGAGUCGGCGGCCGUGCCGGUGAUCCUCGAGACCACCGUCCGCACCGACACAGCAGCAGCUCCCAACGUCGCCGUCGUUCCCGGUAGCAGAUCUGGUGCUAUCAGUUCUGAGACUCAAUCUCCGGCAAGCUCCUCGGAUAUCACAUGGAGCAGCGGCGGCAGCGACGGCGGUGCCAAUGUACCGCCGAGAGAGCGCGACGAUUAUUCGCGUAUGUUCGCUAUCGAGGAUGACUGCUGGGGGUGGAACGCCUCGCCGCCGGCACCCGCUGCUGCUGCUGCGUUGCUCCAGGAGAUGGACUUCGACGGACCGAUCAGGUCGCCGGUGCACGUCGCGGCAGCGGACGGAAGUUGGAUUAACGACUUGUUCGUGAACGAACCACCAUUUGUUCUCAACAGCUGCCAUUUGUUUGGCCUCUAG